CGUCCGUCCUUUCAGCUUCUAAACUGAUUCAUCUUCCAAAACAGAAAACCCAUCUCCAUCUCCUUCAUCUCGCCGGCGACGGCGUGGGAAGAUGGCGCCGCCCGAUGACAGCAGUGAGGCACUGGAUCAUGGAACAUAUACGGCAACUCCUCCAUCUGAACAUCCUUUGCACACAGCUCCAAUCAUGCCCAAUGACGGAACCGAGGCACCGGAUCGUGGAACAUAUACAACAUCCCCUGGACCAGAACCUGCUUUGCCCACAGCUCCUCCACCCGUGCCUUGCAGCAAUCGCCAAGGAACACAAUUCCGCCAAGGACGAGCAGCACACCAAGGGACGAUCAAGAUUUGCAAGACGAAAAUAAUUUUUGUUGGGAUGAGCUUUCAAUCUGAGGAAGAGGCAUACCAGUUCUAUAAUUCUUAUGCUAAAAUAAAAGAAUUUAGCAUUAGAAAGUGCCACCUGAAGCUUAGAGCACAUAACACUGUAAGUGCCAGAUAUUUAGUUUGUAGCAAGGCAGGUGUGAAGGCCACUCAUCCAACACAUGUACCCAAGAAAGAACAAGCUAUUUCGACGACUGAUUGCAUGGCACGUGUUCAAUUCAGCAUCAAUCCGGAGGGUGUUUGGAGUGUUCAAAAAGUCAUCCUUGAGCACAAUCAUCAGCUUGUAAGUCCAGACAAGAGGCACAUGCUUAGAUCGCAGCGUCAACUCUUAGAUGCUGACCGCCACAUGAUUAAGCAAAUGAGGACAUCCGGAAUUAAACAAGCUGAAAUAUAUGAUUUCUGUGAGCUUUGGUAUGGUAAAGAUGCUAUGUCAUUCUUGCAAAUGGAUUGCAACAAUUACUUACGAAGUGAGCGCUCGAAGUAUUUGGAGACCAAAGAUGCACAAACAUUAACAGAGUAUCCAAAAAUAAGCAAGCUGAGGACCCUUCAUUUUUCUAUGCCAUGCAAUUAAAUGAUGAUGAUGGUACAAUAAUGAAUAUCUUUUGGACUGAUAGACAAGCUAUCAUGGAUUAUUCUGUCUUUGGAGAUGUUGUUUCCUUUGACACCACAUUUUCAACAAAUAAGUUUCCAAUGUCAUUCGCUCCAUUU